GGGAUUCAACACGGAAAACGUGCAGCUGGGUUGGAGCACAGCCCCUGACCACACGGAGGCGGUGGGAGGGCGGCCGGGGCCAAAGUCUGACCGGGACGAGCAGCGGGCGCAGCGCGGGACGGCGGCACCAUGGAGGCUCCGGCCACGUUCACGGGCGCUGGGGAGUACGAGCGGAGCUUCACCCCCCGGGACUACCUGAGCGAGUAUUACAGGCUGAGCGACGGGCAGGGCCGGCCCAGCACCUUCCUGAUGCAGAACCUGCGCAGCCUGGCCAAGGUGUUCGCGCUGGAGGGGCUGGGGGGGGACACCCUGCUGGACGUGGGCUGCGGCCCCACCAUCUACCAGCUGCUGUCGGCGUGCGAGCGCUUCCAGGAGAUCGUGGCCAUGGACUACACGCCGCAGAACCGCCAGGAGCUGGAGUCGUGGCUGAGGAACGAGCCGGGGGCCUUCGACUGGCGGCCGGUGGUGCAAUAUGUGUGCGAGCUGGAAGGGGACAGGGAGCAGUGGGCUGAGAAGGAGGCGAAGCUGCGCGGGAAGGUGAAGCGGGUGCUGAAGUGCGACGUGACCAAAGCCAACCCGGCGGCGCCCGUGUCGCUGCCGCCCGCCGACUGCGUCCUGUCCGCCUACUGCCUGGAGGCCGCCUGCCCCGACCUGCCCGCCUUCCACCGCGCCCUGCGCGGCAUCGCGGGGCUGGUGAGGCCGGGGGGGCACCUGGUGCUGCUCACCUCCCUCAGCACCACCUACUACGGCGUCGGGGAGCAGGUGUUCUCCUGCCUGCGCCUGGACGAAGCCGCGGUGCUGGAGGCCGUGGAGGGCGCCGGCUUCGAGGUGCGCUUCACCGAGCUGCAGCCGUACCCGGCGGGCAUCGGCCGCAGCGACAUGCAGGCCACGCUGAUCCUGGCGGCACGGCGGCGCGGCACCGCGUAGCCCUGCGCGGCAAAACUGCGGCGUGUCCGGUUCCCAAACCCACCAAUGCACCUUGUACACUUUGCCUGAGAGCAAAUAAAGAGUUGCAGCAGCGCGCGCUGCGAUCGAUGUGCA